AUGGCCCAGCUGAAUCUUUCUGCUUUCUUGUCCAACUUUAGUGGGGAGCCGGAGUCAGGAAACCUCUACCGUCCAUUCUCUGUGUUCAGCAUCCUCACCCUGACACUCCUGGCUAUGCUCGUGGUAGCCACGUUUGCAUGGAACCUCCUGGUGCUGGUGACUAUCCUCAGGGUGCGCACCUUCCACCGCGUCCCCCACAACCUGGUGGCCUCCAUGGCCAUCUCGGACGUGAUGGUGGCUGGACUGGUGAUGCCCCUCAGUCUGGUGCGAGAGCUGUAUGGCCGCCGCUGGAUCCUGGGCCGCGCCCUGUGCCAGGUCUGGAUUUCAUGUGAUGUGCUAUGCUGUACGGCCAGUAUCUGGAAUGUGACGGCUAUUGCGCUUGACCGAUACUGGUCCAUCACGCGGCACCUGGAAUACACACUCAAGACACGGAAGAGGAUCUCCAAUGUGAUGAUCGCCCUUACCUGGCUCCUCUCUGCCAUCAUCUCCCUCUCCCCACUAUUUGGCUGGGGGGAAACAUAUUCAGAGGAGAGUCUGGCCUGCCAGGUGAGCCAGGAGCCCUCCUACACAGUCUUCUCCACAUUUGGCGCUUUCUAUCUGCCCCUGUGUGUCGUUCUUUUUGUCUACUGGAAGAUCUACAAGGCUGCCAAGUUUCGCAUUGGAUCCCGGAAGACUAACACCAUCAUGCCCAUGGCAGAGGUUAUUGAGGUGAAAGAGGCGGGGCAGCAGCCACAGAUGGCAUUUGGCGUGCGCCCCGCGGGUGUGUCCUUUCAGGCGGAGGGUGAGACGUGGCGGGAGCAGAAGGAGCGGCGGGCUGCGCUCAUGGUGGGCAUCCUCAUCGGUGUCUUCGUGCUCUGCUGGAUCCCCUUCUUCCUGGCUGAGCUCAUCAUCCCGCUGUGCUCGUGCGACAUUCCUCCAGUGUGGAAGAGCGUCUUCCUGUGGCUUGGCUACUCUAAUUCCUUCUUCAACCCACUCAUCUAUACAGCGUUCAACAAGAACUACAACAGCGCCUUUCGGAACCUCUUCUCCCGGCAGCGUUGAACCCAGGUGACAGAAGAAAGAGGGAGGAAAA